ACAGAAGACAAUUGUUUUGCUCUACAUUCAAGGCUCACAAGACCAGUAUUUGUAUAUUUUUUCUGGCUCAGUCUUGCAGCAUCUGAUUUGUUAGUUCACCAUAACACUGUUAACUCUAGCAUUACAACUUCGCUUCUGGAAUAGAAUGGCUUUGAUGAAGAGUGGCUGGUUAUGGAGACAGAGCUCAAUUUUAAAACGCUGGAAGAAAAACUGGUUUGACCUUUGGAUGGAUGGUACUCUUAUUUAUUACAAGGAUGAGACACGCGAAGACAUGGAAGACAGAGUGCAUAUUAAGUUCAGCUGCACCACAGUAAAAGCUGGCAGUGAAUGCAGAGAUGUACAGCCUCCUGAAGGAAAAAGCAAGGGAUGCCUCAUAAUGGUGUUUCUGCGAGAUGGUCCCACACUCACACUCUGUGCAGAAAGUGAAGAUGAUGCUGUGGCUUGGAAGCUAGCAAUGUUGGAAACAAAAUCAAACCUGGUCUGUGCGUAUGAUCCAUAUGAUGACUACUACCAAACUGUCCCUGUUGACUCCCACAAUAUGAUGUUUGUUAACCCACGUUAUUGCAACACACCUUAUGGAGGUGCAUCACAUGUCAUUAUACGUGAAAAUCGAUACCACCCAACAGAAGGAGAGCAGGUCGCCAUGGGAAUGCUUGCUGGUGCUGCCACUGGGGCUGCACUCAGCUCACUGUUCUGGCUGCCUUGCUGGUUUUGAACAUUUAUUAUCUACACCUAGUAUUGCACCUGUUCCCGCUUCAGCCAUUGCUGUAUCUGUAAUUUAAGGAACUACUUAAGCAUAAAUACGUAUUUAUUGAAGCUGUAUUAUUCUUAACAUUAUUUUACAUACUUACUGUUUUACAGAUCCAUCAUUUUACUUUGUUAAUUAUGUCUUUCUGUUUUAUUUUAUGGCUUGUAGGCUGAACUAUAAUAUUCACCAAGCAUUCUGGUACUGUAAACCCAAGUACUUUUUGCUAUUUUGCAAGCUUUUUAACUAGUCCAGAUUCUAGACUAUUAUUUCAGAACUGAGCAAUAUUGUCAUCUAUCCAUUUAGUAAAUUAUCUGUCCAGCUGUACUCAAAUUUGUUUUCAUUACAUCAGUUUAAAUUCUGAAAUUGAAUAUGAUUGUGCUCAGAUGCUUACUUCCAGGUAUCUCACAAUUUAACGCAUGCUCUAGGGCAUAUGAAUGCAUACUUUUUAGACUGACAUUUGACUGUACAACCAGAAUAUAUAUUAGUGUGUCCUGCCAUUUAUGUGUCCUGCAUUGGUUUAGUAUCCCAUCAACAAUAAGCACUGCUUGUAUAAUAUCACACCGUUUAGUAUCCAACUGUAAUAAGAAAGGCUGUGACAUUACUGCAGGUGUGCUAAUACAGUAUUUUUAAUUAAUAAACUGUUUCAUACAAUA